AUGACAGGCUUCCUAUCAGACCUGGUACAGUACCGUGGGCUCUUUCAAAUGAUCCCUGUCCUAGGGAUCAGUGGAACAUUCCAAAUUGGCUUUCAGAUUUCAUCCAUGACCUACAUGUCUCAGCAUGUUAAGGCUUUCAUUAAUGAAACUUGGCUGGAGCGAUACGGCUACCCCAUCCACCAGGAUAACCUCUUGUUCCUAUGGUCUAUCACUGUUUCCAUCUUUGGUAUAGGAGGUCUCUUGGGUUCUUCAGGAAGUAGAUACCUGACUGUCAAGUAUGGCAAAAAGAGAUGUCUCUUGUGCAACAAUCUGGUCAUGCUAGUGGCAGCAUCUAUCAUGGCCUGCAGUAAAAUAGCCCAGUCUUUUGAGAUGAUUAUAAUUGGACGCUUCAUGUGUGGAAUAAGUGCAGGUCUUUGUAUUCCUCUACAAUAUCAAUACAUUGGGGAAAUUUCCCCUAAGAAGCUACGUGGAUUUACAUACUCUACUUCCUCCUUCUUUUGGUCACUGGGAAAAGCCAUAGGACAAGUUUCAGGACAAAGGGAGCUGCUGGGAAGCCAGUCCAGGUGGCCCAUGCUGAUGGCCUCCUAUGGACUUCCAGCACUGAUCCAGCUGGUCACUCUGCCCUUCUUCCCUGAGUCCCCACCAUACCUACUCAUGCAUAAAGGAGACCAGGAAGGCUGCAAAAAAGCCAUAAGGCAGCUUUGGGGUGAAGGCCAGCACCAAGCAGACAUUGAGGACAUCAUGAAAGAGAAGGCAACAAUGAAAAACACCAAGAUCUUGAGUGUCCUGGAUCUAAUGAAGGAUCCAGCUUUCCGUUGGCAGCUGUACACGAUGGUUAUUCUGACCGCCACAGUUCAGCUAUGUGGCAUCAAUGCAAUUUAUUUUUAUACUUUUGAAGUCCUCCAGGCAGCUGGCUUUGAUGAAAGAAUGAUCUCCUAUCUGACCCUUGCUGUUGGACUCUCUGAACUUGUAGCUGCUGUAGUCUGUAGCUCCAUCAUUGAGCGACUGGGCAGGAAACUGCUCCUAAGAGAAGGCUAUUGUAUGAUGGGUUCAAUGCUAGCUGCUAUCACUGUGACUCUCUCCCUACAGGACUGGUAUUUCUGGAUGCCAUAUUGUAGCCUUUGUCUGAUCAUCUUGUUUGCAGUUGUCUUUGGAGUUGGGCCAGCUGGUGCAACCAUUUCCGUUAGGGCUGAAAUUUUCAAGGUCUCAUGUAGACCACCUGCCUUUGUGAUCAGUGCAGUUAUCAACUGGCUGGGUAUCUUUGUGAUCGGAACAACCUUCCCGUUCAUUGUGGAGAAACUCAAGCACUUCUGCUUCCUCAUCUUUAUGGGGGUACUUUUCACUUCAGGGAUAUUUAUCCAUCUGUUCCUUCCAGAAACAAAAGGGAAAUCAAUCAUGGAAAUCACAGAAGAAUUUGAUAAGCUAAACUUUAAAAAUAAGCAUAUUCAAGCAACUCCAAAUCAUGUUACAGAGGAUUACACCUGCACUAGGCUUUGAUCGGCCAUUAAAGUCAGGCUUUUUUAAAAGAAAGGAAAAAAAGACAUCAGUCAUUUUCUGACUAACAAGUCAGUCCAAAUAGACAGUCAGCUUCCAUAUCUGUUACUUAACAAGGUUCCCAUUUUGCCAAACCAGCACCUUUCUCAAGCACUCCACUCUG